UCCUCUAACUUGCUCCACUUCCUCUCUCUCUCUUCUCGGACUUCCUCCUCCUCAUUAGCUCCACCCGCCCCACACACACACACACACACACACACACACACUGACUCCGGCAGCGGGACUGAGUGGAGCUCUGUGCCCGGAGAGGAGGACUGAUGCCCGGUUGCUGAAGGGUCAGAGGUCAGAGGUCAUCAUGCAGACUAUAAAGUGUGUGGUUGUGGGUGACGGCGCCGUGGGUAAGACCUGCCUCCUCAUCUCCUACACCACCGGGGCUUUUCCCAAAGAAUACAUCCCCACUGUGUUCGACAACUACAGCAGCCAGGUGAUCGUGGACGGCAGGACCAUCAGUCUGAACCUGUGGGACACGGCGGGUCAGGAGGAGUACGACCGGCUGAGGACGCUGUCCUACCCACAGACCAACGUCUUCAUCAUCUGCUUCUCCAUCUCCAGUCCGGCGUCGUACGAGAACGUCAAGCACAAGUGGCAUCCAGAGGUGUCUCACCACUGUCCCGGCGUUCCCGUCCUCCUGGUCGGCACAAAGAGCGACCUCCGGAACGAUGCAGAGACUCAGAGGAAGCUGAAGGAGCAGAACCAGACGCCCGUGACGCACCAGCAUGGCGCCGCCCUCGCUCGCCAGAUCCAGGCCCUCCGCUACCUGGAGUGCUCGGCCCUCGAACAGGACGGCAUAAAGGACGUGUUCAUCGAGGCGGUGAGGGCCUUCCUCAACCCGCAGCCCGCCGUCAGCAAGAAGACCUGCGUCCUGCUGUAGGAGCGACCGGCCGGGCUUUGUGGAAUAACUUGUCCGAGAGACUGUUUGGAAAAAAUUUUAAUAUUCUACGUUUUCUAAGAGUUUUAUGUUUUAAUUAGAAAAAGUAGUUUUAGACUCCGGUUCGAAUAACAGGCAAGAUGAAUUUAAGAAAUAACCACGACCUCAUGCAGGACGCCGUAAACUCAUAGAGACCCCGUGAGGGGGGGUGGCGGGUUUUUUUGUUCAUCUUCACUAGUGAAAAUCAGAUUAAAGAUUAAAAGCAGA